AUCAACCGCACCUUCUUCCCCACAAUCUCGAACUGUCACCCAAACUGCACUCUAUAGCCACAACAUGCUCGCCCUGAAACGUAUCUCCUCCUCCGCUGGCGGCGCCGGUCUGCGCAGCUACUCUUCGUCGGGAUACGCAUCUACCGCGAAGAACCUGAAGAUCAACUCCAACACCAAGGUCAUAUAUCAAGGAUUCACCGGAAAGCAGGGAUCCUUUCACGCACAGCAGGCGAUCGAGUAUGGCACCAAGGUUGUCGGCGGUAUCAACCCCAGAAAGGCUGGAACCAUGCACCUCGACCGGCCCGUGUUCGGAACCGUCGCUGAGGCGGUGAGGGAGACCGGAGCCGAUGCCAGUGCUAUCUUCGUUCCCCCGUCGCUCGCUGCGGCAUCAAUAGAAGAGGCCAUCGCCGCCGAGAUUCCUCUGGUCGUUGCCAUCACCGAGGGUAUCCCGCAGCACGACAUGGUCCGCGUCGUUGACAUCCUCAAGACUCAGAGCAAGACCCGUCUUGUCGGCCCCAACUGCCCCGGAAUCAUUUCUCCAGGCCAGUGCAAGAUCGGUAUCAUGCCCGGCAUCAUCCACAAGCGCGGCCGCAUCGGUAUCGUCUCGCGGUCCGGAACCCUCACCUACGAGGCCGUGAACCAGACCACCCAGGUCGGAUUGGGCCAGAGUCUCGUCAUCGGAAUCGGCGGUGACCCCUUCGCCGGCACCAACUUCAUCGACGCGCUCACCGUAUUCCUCGAGGACGAGGAGACCGACGGCAUCAUCAUGAUCGGCGAGAUCGGAGGAUCCGCGGAAGAGGACGCGGCCGACUUCCUGAAGCAGUACAACACCAAGGGCAAGCCGAUCGUCAGCUUCAUUGCCGGAAUCUCGGCGCCCCCUGGGCGUCGCAUGGGCCACGCCGGAGCCAUCAUCUCGGGAGGCAAGGGUGGCGCCGAGAGCAAGAUCGCCGCGCUGGAGGCUGCUGGCGCUGUCGUCGAGAGGAGUCCUGCUGCCCUCGGAAAGACGCUGUACAACGAGUUUGUUAGACGGGAUUUGUUGUAGACGCUUAGGCGGCGAUGGUGUAAUGAGGUGGUGGUGGUGGCGUGAGAAACGGAGUACAUAGAAUGGCUGCGCGACUUGGACUUGUGGUGGGCCAAAACAUAUCCGGCGGCGGCGUAUGGUCGGUGGGAUGGGGAUUGUGCAUCGAUGUUGAGUGUAAUUCCCGUGUCAUUAUAUCCUUGCUUUUGUGCUUUUCCCUAUGGUUUCACGCGCGGAAGCAAUUGUCAAGCAGUAAAUACCGCCUCAGAGGUAAUCAUUAGAACC